AUGCACCAGAUUUACAGCUGCAGCGAUGAAAAUUUAGAAGUUUUCACUACUGUGAUUUCAUCCAAAUCAUGUAGUCCUGCCCGAAGACGAGCCAAAAGUACACAGCACAUCCUCACAAAGAGUCUAGAAGAGCUCGGUUCAUGUGAGGCAGACUCCAAGGGCUGUCCUGAGACCCCUGCCAGCCACAGCCUCGUCGUAUUCAUAACGAAGACAGGAGUCUCCACUGACGUCACUGUGGUGAUGGGGGGUAACGAUGCCUCUGGUGGUAGCCGUACCGGGUCGCCGGCCCCAUGGGGACGGGAAGCUGCCACGCGACCUGCGACAGAGAAGCUGCAGCCCGACCAGGGUGACCUCCUCCGGGUCCUGUACAGCGCAGACGAGGUGCGGGGCUUGGGCACAGCCAAGGGCGCUGCCCGGCACGGGGGAAUUACUGAACGAGAGUCAUCCAAGUCCUGUAACCAUCUGCUGGAUGGAAAAUCUUUGUUCCCACCGUCGCCGGUUGCCCACAUCACAGUGAAAGCGGCAGCGGCCGGCACCGACUCGCCCACGGGUGACGGCAGUCCUACGGAUGACCACAGACAGCGCUGGAGGAAGACGGCAGAGUAUGACCUGAGCCUGCCACCGGGAGCAGAAGCUUCCCUACCACUGACGGGAGGCAACCUCUGCGGGACACCCAGCCUCCUGAGGAAGAUGUGGAUGAAGCACAAGAAGAAGUCCGAGUACCUGGGGGCAACAAACAGUGCCUUCGAGGCGGACUGA